AUGUUAGAAUUUGUCCCGUUUUUGGUAAUUUUUUUGUUUGCCCCCACACACCAGCAAUCUCUCCUCGAUGGCCUCAUUAACUUCAUCGAAGAAGGCGGCGCCCAAACCACUAACGAACCCCUGGACACCCCUGUUUUACUCCCAUCGUACGAUUUUAUCAUAGUGGGCGCUGGAACGGCGGGGUGUGUUUUAGCCAAUCGUUUGAGUGAAAACCCGUCAUGGAGUGUACUUUUGUUAGAAGCAGGCCGUCCCGAAAACUACCUCAUGGAUCUUCCAGUGCUGGCAAACUAUAUCCAGUUCACUGAUGCCAACUGGCGGUACAAAACGGAACCAAGUGAUAAGUUUUGCUUAGGAAUGGUGAACCGGCAAUGUAAUUGGCCCAGGGGUAAGGUCGUGGGCGGGUCAAGUGUCUUAAACUACAUGAUUUACACUCGCGGGAAUUGGAGGGAUUAUGACAAGUGGGCGGAGUUAGGGAACGAGGGGUGGGGUUUCAAAGAUAUAUUACCAUACUUUAAAAAAAUUGAGAAUUUUAUGGUACCUGGACCAUACAAUGCCUCGUACCAUAACCAUGAUGGGUAUUUGGCUAUAAGCUACUCGCCGUAUAAAACAAAAAUUGCUGAUGCUGUUCUCGAGUCGGCCCAAAUCCUGGGAUUAAAACAAGUUGACUACAAUGGACCAACCCAAGUGGGAGUGUCAAGGUUUCAAGUGACCUUGAGGGAUGGGAUUAGGGAGAGCUCAAGUCGGGCUUAUCUCCACCCAAUCAGAAAUCGAGCUAAUUUUCACAUGAAAAAAUACUCGACUGUGACCAAAAUCCUCAUUGACCCAAUCACGAAAAAAGUCCAAGGAGUUGAAGUUGACACCAAUGGAAAAAUAUACAAAAUUGGAGUUUCUAAAGAAGUUUUAGUGGCUGGAGGAGCAGUCAAUUCCCCACAACUCCUCAUGUUGUCAGGGAUUGGUCCCAGGAAGCAUUUAACCCAAAUGGGAAUCCCGGUUUUAUCAAAUUUGAAAGUUGGGUACAACCUUUUGGACCACGUGGCUUUGGGUGGGUUAACCUUUCGGAUAGAUGAACCUUAUUCUCUUAAAACAGAAAGGGUACUGUCGAAAGAGAGUUUGAACCAGUUUUGGAACCACCAUCAAGGCCCAAUUACGGCCCCAGGUGGGUGCGAAGUGGUGGUUUUCCAUGAUUUGAAAGACCCAACAAACCCAGAUGGGUACCCGGACAUCGAAUUAGUCUUCCUGGGUGCCUCCUUGAGCCUUGAUCCUCUCCUCCAGAAGAAUUUAGGGAUUUCGGAUUAUGUCUACAACACUGUGUACACACCCAUCGAACCAUUUGACUCCUUUAUGGUAUUCCCCAUGAUUCUCAGACCCAAAAGUCGGGGCCGAAUCACUUUAAGAGACAACAACUACAAAUCGAAACCUCGAAUUUUCCCCAACUAUUUCCACUAUAAGGAGGAUCUGGAUACCAUAAUUGGUGGUGUCCGUCUAACUUUGAAUAUAACCGCCCAGGAACCCAUGAGGAAAAUUGGUACAAAACUCCACGAUAUCCCAAUCCCACAAUGCUCACAUCUGGAGUUUGCCUCCGAUGAGUACUUUGAGUGCAUGGCAAGACACCUCACUUUUACCAUUUACCACCAUUGUGGGACAUGUAAGAUGGGUCCGAGGAGUGACAAGUCGGCUGUGGUUGACCCUAGAUUGAAGGUUUAUGGGAUUGAGGGUUUGAGGGUCAUUGAUGCGUCGGUCAUGCCCGAAGUACCAGCGGCACAUACCAAUGCACCCAUUUUCAUGAUUGCGGAAAAAGGGGCCGAUAUGAUUAAAGAAGAGUGGGUUGGCAAUAUUGGAGAGCGCUGA